UUGGUUUAACGAUGAGCAAUCUUACAUCAAAAUUGAUAAAUGAUAUAGAGUUGGAUUUCCUAACGAGUUUUGCCUCGUUGCAAGUUGUCAUUGGUUCGACAGCGAACUUUCUUGUGAUCAUUUUGUUCGCGACAACGACCGAACUACGGCGCAAAAACUCCGACUUACUAAUUCUUCAUCUUUCCGUGGCGGAUUUCAUAUCGCUCUCGACGUUUUUACCAUGGAAUAUAUAUCUUACAAAUAUAGGAAGAGGCGAAUACAGCGAGUACUACACGUCUUUGAACACGUUUUGUUUGUUUUUAAGCGGCACGGCCGUGUUAACGGUUGCUGUGGACAAGUUUGUCGCGGUGAUCUAUCCGUUAAGGUAUCCGACACUCAUAACUAGAGCGAGGACAUUGUUGAUGAUACUCGGGUCCUGGCUCGUCGCAACAGCGUUGGUCAUCGCUCAUUUUUUCGACUAUUUAUCAGCAGGCGAACAUCAUCAUAUAUUGGAUAAGUCUCUGAGUGCACUUGUUUUGGCAAAAAUGCUUUUCGUCGCUGUUAUGUAUGCUGUGGUGUUCAAAGCUGUUAGAAAUCAAUUGUCAGCACGUAAUGGACGCAAAGUGCACGUACAAAACUCGUCGCAGAUUACCUCGAAACGAGAAAAGGCCGAGAGGGUUUUUCUAAAAUCCGCGUUGAACACAUUUAUCGUUGUUUGCCUAUUUUAUGCGACGUACCUGCCGUACGCCAUUCUUCAAAUGAUGUCCGUUACAGACUUCGUGGCAUGGCGAAGAUUAUUUUCAUUUAUCUACAUUAACGCAUGCAUCAAUCCUUUCAUCUAUUUCUUUCGUAUGCGUAGAUUUAGGAUUGCCUUACUUGCUGUUAUCAACAAAAGAAAACGUUUCCGCGAUAUAAACGCUGGAAACUACAUGUCAACGAACAAGGUUUCGUCGACAAUCGACGGCGAGAUAGGCCUUAGGCCGGAUGGGCCGCCAUUUUAGGUUUCAUUAUAGGAGCGCUGAUGAGUCAGCAAGUAUACAAUUAGCAAGAUAUUCUUAUCGAAUAUACAACCCGUGCAAAGUAAAAGAAGAAGACCUUAAUAGACAAUUCAAACAUCUCUCGUGCGGCAAUAAAAACCUCAUACUUAACAAUAGAUUACACUUUCCGCCUCGUUU